CAUCUCUACAACAGCAGGUUUUCUAUCUCUCUGAAGGGGGCGUGUGCAGCACUUUACCACGUUUUGCAUCUGAAGUGGUUGAGUUUGUGUAAAAAAAACGACAAAAAUGCAGCGUAUGGAAGAUGAGAAGCCAAAGAAGACGGUCACUCCUUACCUUCUGUUUUGUGUGUGUACGGCUGUCAUUGGGUCUCUGCAGUUUGGAUACAACACAGGGGUCAUCAAUGCGCCGGAGACGAAACUGCGUCUGUUCUUCCAAAACGUGUCGAUGGAGCGGUACGGAGAGGCCUUCACUCCCGGAACCAACCUGAUGGUUUGGAGUUUCGCCGUCGCCAUCUUCAGCGUGGGAGGGAUGGUCGGGUCCUUCUCCGUCGGAGCCAUGGUGGACAGAUUUGGCAGGCGUAAGUCCAUGCUUCUGGCUAACAUCCUGGCCGUGCUGGGGGGAGGUCUGAUGGGCCUGUCCAGUCUGAGCCGGUCGUUUGAGAUGGUCAUCAUCGGGCGCUUGGUCAUAGGUGUUUUCUGUGGACUGUGCACGGGCCUCACUCCCAUGUACGUCGGUGAGAUCUCCCCCACUGCCCUCAGAGGAGCCUUCGGGACACUGCAUCAGCUCGGAGUGGUCAUAGGCAUCCUCGUCGCACAGAUCUUUGGCCUGGAGUUCUUGCUGGGCUCAGAUGAGCUUUGGCCUCUGCUCCUGGCUCUGACCAUCCUGCCCGCGGUGCUACAGACCAUCAUGUUACCCUUCUGCCCCGAGAGCCCCCGAUACCUCCUCAUCAGCCUCAAGAAGGAGGACGAGGCCAGAAAAGCUCUGGAGCGUCUGCGUGGCCAUGACGACGUGCACGACGACAUUCAGGAGAUGAGGGAGGAGGGUCUGAAGAUGUCCAUGGAGAAAAAAGUCACGAUCCCAGAGCUUUUCCGGUCUCCCGUUUACCGCCAGCCCAUCAUCAUCGCCAUCGUCCUGCAGCUCUCACAGCAGCUGUCCGGCAUCAACGCGGUAUUUUACUAUUCUACGAACAUAUUCACGACGGCCGGAGUGACUCAACCCAUCUACGCCACAAUCGGAGCUGGAGUCGUCAACACUGUUUUCACUGUUGUCUCUCUCUUCCUGGUUGAAAGGGCGGGGCGUAGGACUUUACACCUGAUUGGUUUGGCUGGAAUGGCGGUCUGUGCUCUGCUUAUGACCAUAUCCCUGGCUUUGGUGAAGACGAACCAGGCUCUGAGCUAUCUGGCCAUCGUAGCCAUCUUUGGGUUUGUGGCGAGCUUUGAGAUGGGUCCAGGUCCAAUCCCAUGGUUCAUUGUGGCUGAGCUCUUCUCCCAAGGACCACGCCCGGCCGCUAUGGCUGUGUCCGGCUUCUGCAACUGGACCGCCAACUUCCUGGUCGGACUGGGCUUUCCUAAACUGGCGGAAGUCUGCGACGCGUACGUCUUCCUCAUCUUCGUGGUGCUCUUGAUCUUCUUCUUCAUCUUCACCUUCCUGCGCGUCCCCGAGACCAAAGGCAGGACUUUUGACGACAUAGCCCAGGGAUUUGCAGCGAGCGCGGGGAAGUCUGCCGCCUCGUCCCCUGCUCCGGAGAACGUGGUGGUGGUGGAUGGAUCCGAAAGCAAAGACCCCGCUCCCCUGUCGCCCAACGAGAAAGUUCCCAUGGUCGACCUGACGCUGGAAAAGAAAUAACAACCAUGUAACGCAGGUUUAAACACAAAAUUAAGUUAUAGGCAUCUCACAAAACACAAUCAAGCAGCUACGUACGACAGGGUAUGACUAGAAUAAGCCAUUUCACUCAUACAAAGGUUUUUUUAAUGUAUCCUGAGGCAUUAAAGGUGCACUAUGGAACAUUUCUGAUGAAGGAUCUGCCAUGUUUUUG